AUGCUGACGAAGGCCAGCAGCGACCUGCGCAGGGCAGCGAGCUACGAGUCCCCUGACUGCAGGCAGGGCCCGCCGCUGUUCGGGCUCAAGACCAGAUCUGCGCACAGUGCCUGCUUUGUUCUCGCGCUCGCCGCCUUGAUCCCGUCCGCCGGAGAAGCAGAUGCCCUUUCUGCUCGAGGCACGCCGCCCCGCGUGCGCGGCAGGAUGAGCAGGUCGCUGCCCCUGCGGCCGAUGGCCCCUGCGACGGGAACGGCGGACCCCCCCGUGCGCGAGGCCUCGGACGGCGCGGUGCCCGCCAGGACGGCGGCGCCCGACCCCGCCUCGCUCCUGCGCCUGCGGCUGCGCCACGGUGCCCCGCCCGCCGCCCCGGGCAGCAGCUGGCCCCUGUCGGGCGGCCUCCUGCAGCGGGCGCGCCACGUCCCGGCGGGCCGCUCCGCGCCCGCCUCGCCGGCCGCGGCUCCGGCACCGCCUGCCGGCCCGCGCAGCCCGGGAGCUUUUUCCCGCGCGCGCGGCUGGAAGAUCUCGUCGGCCCGCGCGACGCCUGGCCUGGACACGGUGUUCGUAGAGGUGCGCGCGAGCGAGGAGGCCCUCCUCUGCUACCGACAGGGCGCGAAUGACCUCGAGCUUGCAGUGCGGGCGCCGCUGAUGCUGGCCACGGCCGCCCAGGCGCCGAACGCCCCCGACGUGGUGUGCGUGACGCUGCCGGGGGCGGAGGAGCUCCGCGAGGUGGCGGGUGGCCUGCAGGCCGCGCCCGGUCAGGCGCGGGCGGCCUUCCAGGGCGAGCCGCUGCUGCCCGAGCGCGGGGGCCCGCUCGUCCUCGAGUGCGGCACGGAGCUCCAGGCGCAGCAGCUCCUGGACCAGCUCUCGGCGGCUGGCUGCGUCCUGCAGGGCCUGACCCAGAGG